CCGCAUCACCAUCUCCUUUUCUCGCCCAGUUAACGACAGACUCACCAUGGUCCUCGCCUUCGACAAGUGCGAUUCGCGGCCAUCGCACAUCGACGCCAUCCUCAACGGCCUCGACCGGUACAAUCCUGAGACGACGACGGUGUUCCAGGACUAUGUUGUGCAGCAGUGCGAGGAGCGGACUUUUGACUGCUAUGCGAAUUUGGCGUUACUGAAACUCUACCAAUUCAACCCGCAUCUCCUGCAACCCGAAACAACGACCAACAUCCUCGCCAAAGCGCUCACCGUCUUCCCCUCUCCCGCCUUCUCGCUCUCUCUAGGCCUUCUCCCCGCCCACACACAACCCUUUGGCCCAUCAUCCAGCGACAACUCUCAAACCUCGGACUUUGUCGAAUCGAUCCAGAAACUGGCACGGCUCAACACACUCCUCGAGUCGGCGCAAUACGCGCUGUUCUGGUCCUCGUUCAACUCGGAUGAUCUCUACGCCGAUUUAGUCGCUGACGUCGCGGGCUUCGAGGAGCUCGUGCGCGUGCGUAUCGCGGUCGAAGUCGGCAAGGCGUUCCGCGAGAUCAGCGCGGAUGUGCUCGCGCAAUGGCUGGAUUUGAAGAACCGCGAGGCGCUGCAGAAGUUUGUCGUGGAUGUGUGCGGCUGGGAGGUGGACGGGUCGGUGAUCCGUGUACCCAAGAAUCGCGAGAAUGAGGCCAGGUCGGAAAUCAAGAGUGAGCGUGUGGGUAUCGAUAUGUUUGGCCGUGUUAUUCGCCGUGGUUUCGAGCAGCCUGCAUAGCCGACCCAACCUGUUUCCUAGCUUCUUCCUAGCUUCUUAUGUUAUGUUAUUAUGAGUCUCCGUGCAUAGAUGUGAGAUGAUAUCGAUCAUGGUGCCAAAAAGUGGGAGGCACGGGGGCGGGCGCAGGGCGUUUUGGUUUAUUUGUGCAUAUUCAGACAGAUAGACUACUUUCUCUAUCAGAUAGUCAUAUCUUCGACA